UUGCCUCCUGCUAGGUGGUUAUUAGGGCGUAUAGUGGAAAAACAUCCAGGUGUGGACAAAGUUACGCGUGUUGUAAGUUUACGUUUUAAAAACUCGAUCAUAAAACGGCCUGUGUCAAAAUUAAUUGUAUUACCAAUUUGGCACCCAGCUAAACUCACUCCAGCAAGCAGUCCGCUGCGUUCAGCACUCGCGCAGCACGUGCGCCAGCGGGCAGUCGCGUAG